AGUGGCCCCAGCCCUUGCCCGCCCUCCUGCUGCCCGCGCGGCCAUGUCCGAGCUGCGGCGGCGCCGCGCUCGGGGAGGCGAGGCCGCCGCGGCCGGGCCCGCGCGCGCCCCCGGCGGGGUGCAGGCGUGUCGGCAAGAGAGCGAGGCGGAAGAGGGUGCCCGUGACGCGCCCCUUGCGCACAUCUUGGCAGCCCCAGUGUUGCUGCUCGCUGUGGCUCGAUUCAGUGCGGCCAUCUAUUCGGGAAUUUCCGAUUGCGACGAGACUUUCAACUACUGGGAGCCGGCGCAUUUCAUCACAUUCGGCUAUGGGUUCCAGACUUGGGAGUACUCGCCCGUCUACGCGCUGCGCUCGUACCUCUUCUUGAUGCCGCACGCUGCUGCCGCGAAGGCCGCAGAGAUCGCCCUCGGACGCCCCGCGGCGUUCUUUCUCACGCGCUCCGCGCAGGCUGCCUUUGCAGUCCUGGUCGAGUCCAUGUUCGCCGCGGCAGUCGCCCGGCGCUUUGGGCACGGCGUGGGAGCAGGCACUGCGUGGCUCCUGGCGGUCAGCCCUGGGCCCUUUAUGGCCGCGGUUGCCUUCCUUCCGAGCUCCAUCGCCAUGCUGCACGUGUGCCUGGUGUGGGCGCUCUGGCUGUCGGGGCGGCCGCUGGCGGCCGUGUUCAUCGGCUCAGGUCCUCACAGCAUCCCGGGGCAUGCCAGCACGGCCGCUGUAACCGCAAGCGUGCGUCGCUGGAGUUUGCCGGCUCUUGGAGGCUUCGGAGCGGAUCCUGAAAGGUGCUGGGUAGGGUUCGCAUGUGGCCCCCCAGUUGUCGCAUCCGUGCCCCUUGCAGGCACCUGCGUCUUGGUGUGGCCCUUCGCCGCGCUGCUGUUCCUCCCCCUGGGCGUCUCUGCGCUGCUGCAGGCGGGCCUCGCGCGUGCCGUCCUGGUCGCGGCCGCCUCGUUCGUGCUCUGGGCGGCGGCCUCGCUCUGCGUGGACUCCCACUUCUACGGGCGCCCGGUGCUUCCGGCCUGGGAGAUCAUCAGGUACAACGUCCUCGACCGGAGCGAGAAGGGCGGCCCCGAGCUCUACGGGGUCGAGCCCUGGUAUUUCUACGUGGCGAACGGCUUCCUGAACCUGACGCUCGCCCUGCCGGCCGCGGCUGCGCUCCCCUUCGUGGCGGCGCUCUGCCACGUGCUCGCCGGGGGCGGCCCGCGCGGAGCGCUGCGGGGGCGGCCCCUGCACGCCGUAGGAGGAGCGCUUCCUGGUGCCCGCGUACCCUCUCCUCGCUUUCGCGGCAGCGUUCGCAGCCUGCGGCGGCGCGGCGGCGCUCUCCGAGGUGGCGAGGCGAGCCGCGCCCGGGCUGGCUCGCUCGGCCGUGGUGCGGCUGCUGCUGCGCGUGGACGUGGCGUUCAUGCUGGCGACGGGCGCCCUGUCCGCCUCCAGGACUCUGAUAGCAGCACUGCACACGGGCUACGCGGCCCCCGUCGGCAUCUACGCGGCCCUCGGCGAGCAGCUGUCGUCUCUGCGCGCCUCCCGCGGGGCGGGCCCCAUCCACGCGUGCCUGGGGGCGGAGUGGCACCGUUUCAUGACGAGCUUCUUCCUGCCUCAUCAUGACGACCACUUAUCGUACGUUCGAUUUGGCCCCACCGGUUUGCUCCCUGCAGAGUUUAACGUCAGCGUCGGCACGAGCGGAGUGCCCCCCUUUAUGAACGACCUGAACAGAGAGGAGCCGUCGCGAUACGUGGAUGCAGACAGGUGUGAUUUCUUGAUUGAUGUCGAUCUUGGCGAGGCGCAGGGAGAUAUACCUGCCUUGCGAUCUCGUGCGCUGCGGACGCUAGCAGAAGCUCCGUUUUUAGAUGCAUCGAGAUCGAGAUUCCCAUGGCGAGCGUUCUACGUCCCCGGCAUAUCCAAACAGAAGAACGUGUAUGCUUCCUAUCGGCUCUUGCAGCUCGCACCCGUUGCCCGGGUGGCCUGACAGACAGCAGCCAGUGAAGAUUAUGGUUCCGAAAUGUGUGCUCACAAUCAUCCCCAGCAGUGCCGUAGUUGAUUGACGAUCGCCGGCUGCAUCGUCGUUUUCGGUCCCAUCAUCGUCAAGUUCGUCGUUU